AUGGAAGCCACGCCCACAGUGAUCCUGGAAGAUAACCAAGGAGCCAUCACAAUCGCGAAGAAUCCAGUGGAUCACUCCAGAACUAAACACAUAGACCAGGCAUCACCAAAUGGCGGACCUCAGUCUGGAUCCGGACCGAGUGAUGGUUCUGUCCGGACCUGUGACCAAUCUCUGAUAAAUUGCACCAAUGACUACUGCACCAACAACAGCUGCACCAACCACAGCGGCACCAACCACAGCGGCAUCAACCACAGCAGCACCAACAACUGCCGCACCGACAACUGCUGCACCGACAACUGCUGCACCAACGACAGCUGCACCAACCACCGCUGCACACACAACUGCUGCACCAACCGCUGCUGCACCAACCACAGCGGCACCAACAACUGCCGCACCGACAACUGCUGCAACAACCACUCCUGCACCAAACACUGCUGCUCCAACCACAGCUGCACCCACAACAGCUGCACCAACCACUGCUGCACCAACAACUGCACCCACAACUGCUGCACCAAACACUGCUGCUCCAACCACUGCUGCACCCACAACUGCUGCACAAACAACAGCUGCUUCAACAACCACUACUUCAACAACCACUGCUGCAACAACAGUUUCCUCGACUACAAUUGCCAGUGA